AUGGCGUGCCCAUUCCUUCAAGGCACACUCGCCCAGCCGCCGCGGCCAAUCUCAGCGGAACAAGAAUUCGCCAACAUCCGCUCACAAUACCCUUCUCUCUCUUCAACGGGCUGCACGACAAAGUUUUGCCAGUCUGGUCGGAUGACGCACAUGGACGAGGAGCGCGUCGGCCGGAACCAGUCAUACGCACAAGUCCGCGAGGAUGCGCUCGACUUUCUCCAGCAAAUGUACAAGGAUGGACUCAUUGACACGGAGCAACUUCACCACCGGGCACACGAGGUCCUUCAGGAGAUUCAAAAGAAUUCGACAGAGGGCAAGUUCACAACGGCGUCCGAAUGCGGAGCGGAGGCGCCACCGGCAGCAACGGUUGGCUUGGUGGGUGGCCUGUGGACGCAGACUUUUGAGGAACUCGAGUUCGGUCUCCGGACGGCUUGGAAGCAUGCUCGGAAAUGCAUUAUGCGAUCAGAGUAUAGCAACUUGAGGCUGUGCGACCUGAGACAUGUCCGAACAAGCAAAAAGAUGGCCGAGACUCUCAUUGAGAACUUGAGAGUGGCCUACAACUCGGGUGAAAUCAACCCUACAGUCUUCGUCUUCCCUCCCAGAGACAUUGACAGCCGCGGUCCCAUGAUCUGGAACUCACAACUCUUGUCCUUUGCAGGGUACCAACAAUCAAACGGCACAAUCCUCGGAGACCCCGCCAACGUCGAACUCACAAACGCCAUUAUCGAACUCGGCUGGACACCGCCGCGCUUCCGCUCACAAUGGGAUCUGCUUCCCCUCGUCACCAUGGCCGAGGGAGAAGAACCCGUCAUCACCGAGCUCCCAAAGGACGCAUUCCCUCUGGUGCAUAUCCGCCAUCCCAAGCACCCCGAGCUCGAGACCCUUGGCCUGCGUUGGGUUCCCGCGCCGGCACUCAGCCGCCUUGGCUUCAGCAUCGGCGGCGUGCAAUAUACCGCGGCGCCCUUUAUUGGAUGGUUCAUGGAUGCCGAGAUCGGUGUUCGCAAUCUCGCAGAUUCGUUCCGCUACAACGCGCUUCCGCAGGUCGCCAAAGCAAUUGGCUUGGUCGAUGGCGAUGUAGAUGACCUCCCAGACUACGAGCGUCUGGCGGUGUUGUCCCGCGCGCAGCUCGAGCUCAACUACGCCACAUACUGGUCCUUCGCUCAGGCGGGCGUCAGAAUGUCAGAUUCCCUUGGCGCGGCCGAGCAAUUCGCCCAGUUCGAUGACGAGCAUCUCAUGAACAACGGCUUCCGCCUCCCUUCUGACCCGUACUGGCUGGCACCGCCCCAAGGGUCCAUCAUCCCCAUCUGGCACCGCGGCGGCUCGCCAAACUACCAACCGAAGCCCUUGAUCUGCCGCCACGGCCAAGAUCCCAUCAAGGCCUGGCGCCGGCAACGACUCACCCGCCCCGCGCGGCCUUCUCACCACUACUCCUCGGACACGAAGCUCAACAUCUCCAUCCCCGUGGUGCCGUCCAUCUCCCUCACGAGGCCCGUCACGCCAGUCUCCCCCUUCGGCACCGUCUCCUCCCCGUCACACUUCCUCCCCAUCCCUCCGCCUUCGCAGCAGCAGCAGCAGCAGCAGCAGCAGCAGCAGCAGGUCGUCAGGCCCACCACGCCCCUGACGCCGUUGAGCCCCCGGGGGCCCGGGCGCAGGAUCUACAUUGGCUUCUGCAGCUCGGGCAACGUCGCGAUCAAGCUUUGCAAGAGGCUGUGCGCGCAGCUGCAGCACGCGUGCGACAUCAACCCCAAGUUGGGGUCCGUCGUGGUGCCGUGCACGCUCAACGCCCUGCCCAUCUCCAUGGUCGAGCCCGAUGAUGUGCUGGUCAUCGUCGCCAGCACGACGGGUCGCGGCGAGAUUCCGCAGAACGGCAAGGCCUUCGCCGACGCGCUGGCGAGGAACCCCAAGGCCAUCUCGUGCCAGUAUGCCAUCUUUGCGAAUGGGUCGCUGGAGUACGCCGAUACCUAUAACCAGGCCGCCAUGGAUAUUGAGGAGCUUCUGAGCAAAGGAGACGCCCAGAGACUCAUUGGCAUGCGCGAGGCCGACACCGCAACCGAAAACCCUCCCUGGUGCGUCCUCGGCCAGUUCUUCGAUCAGGUUCUCGCGGUGCUCCAAAAGUCGAGCCCGCCACAAGACGAGAUCAACACGAGUGACGUGCAGCGGACCGCUCGCCCGGUCAGACCUUUUGACACCCGUCCGUGGUUUCAGGCCAAAGUCGUCGGACAACCUGUCCUGGGCACCGCCGCGGACGGCAUGAAGAGGGUCACCCUCGACCUGGGCGACCGCGAGUACCCCACCAUGGGCAGCGUCUGGAUUCUGCCGCCAAACUCCCAGAACAAGGUGUCUCGCGUCCUGGGCGCCCUCGGCGUGCAGGCUGACGAGCGGCUGAGUCUUCCCGGUGAGCCUACCGUGGGAGAAUUCUUCCAGCGGUUUGCGGACUUGGACCAGCCUUUCAAGUCUACGCAGUGGGCUGAGUGGCUGUCUCUUCCCCAGCCGGAGACUCUGGCCAAGGUCCCUAUUGAGAAUGUGGUUCACCAGAUUCCUGCCAACUGGAGGCAGAUCGUGACGCUGGAUGCGCUGUGCAAUGCGAUGCCGACGAUUCAGCCGAGGGAAUACUCCAUUGCCUCUGAUGGUUCGAGGACGAAGCAAAAGAACGGAAACACGAUGGACCUGCUCGUCCAGCACCACCCCAACGGCAAGUUCUCGGACAAGUACCUCAACUGCUUCGAGACCUUUGGUGCCGCGACCUGCAAGAUCCGUCCUUCGUCGCACCUGCAGACCAUGGCCGAGAACGAAGACAAGCCGAUGAUCAUCUUCACCACCGGCUCCGGCAUGGCCCCCGUCCGCGGACUCCUCCAGAACCGUCUCCAGCAUCUGCAUUCAUCGGACGACAAGUCCGCCAAGGGCCCCGCGAUCAGCUUGUUUGCAGGCUUCAAGGCGGCAGAUGAGUCUCUUGUGCGGGAAGCGGUGCAGGAAGCAAGCGAGGCCGGCAUCCUCGACAUAUUGAGGCUGACGGGGAGUAACAAGGAGAGAAGGAGGGCGCAGGAUGCGAUGCUGGAAGCUGGCGUUCGAGAGAAGCUGGUCAAGAGCAUCGAGGAUGGUGCCCUUGUGUUUGCGUGCGCUAGGCCGAGGGCCGUCGAUGAUUUCUUGAAAAAUUUGAGCGAGGUGUUGGGUCGGGAUGCUAGGGAGGUGUUGGGCGAUCGGUUUGUUGCUGAUGUUUACCAGCCUGCUACUUGAGGGAGUUUCUUGGUCUUUUUUUUUUUCUUCCCUUUUCAUAUUUGCGUUUUCUUAUAUCAUCGCUAUCAUCGCAUGCGCAUUAUAGAUUAGACGGUGGAUUGGAUUGAUUCAAAAGCGAGGCGUUGGCGGAUUUCAUAUUGUCUCAAGUUGAGAGCGAUGGUGAAGAUGCUUUGCAGAAGCAAUUCAUGAGAAGC